AUGCUUAAAAGAUACCUUAUAAGAGAUGCCUUAUUCGAUAUUAGCGAGAUAUAUUGCACCGUCACUGCGUUAACGAAAUUAUACACAAUCACGGGUUUCCUAACGGAAAAUGCAGUAGUCGUUUUUCGCGCUACGAAUAUGUCUCAUUUCAAAUACGUGAUCUUUCCGAUAUUCUGGUGGAUCCUCACUACAACUGCGAAUAUUAUUCGAAACGAUGACAUUUGUGGAUCUUAUAAUGGUAGACGCCUGUAUUUGGAGCUGAACGAGAGAAGCAUCCUCUAUGCAAAGAACGUCACUUUUGUCAAAAAUUUAUCGAGGCAACUGGUGCCGCGUCCUUACGCCACGACAAUUAACAGUUCACAUUAUCAUUGCAGCCUUGAAUUAGUGACUUGUCCAUCCUGUGUGAUAGUUCUCAUCUUCAAAAAUAUCGCGCUUCCUAAUAAUUGUGGCGACGGAGAAAUCAUCAUGAAUAGCCCAUGCAGAUGCGAUUACGUGUGGCUCUCAGAACCACCUUAUGAAGAGAUUUCUGGUACACCCUUCUGUGGAUUGUACGCACCGAUCACAUAUAGAUCAAGCACGAGAACUCUAUCUAUAACUCUAUUCUAUAGCCAAUCUCACAAGCACGCGUUUACCAUUGAAUAUACGGCAGAAAAAAAUAGAUUGCAUCUAAAAGGGACUGAAAUGACAUCAAGAAUAUCAACAAAGGGUUUAAACGGUACCGGCGGAGGUAUUCUAAUGUCGCCAUUUUUUCCGGCUCCAUAUCCCCGUGAUUUGGGUUUGGAAUAUAUCAUAACAUGCCCCAAUGAGACCCUCUCCUGUCGCAUCAGAUUGUUGUUUAGCGACUUUCAAUUAGCGACGGUCUCUAUAAUAGAGUUUUACGAUUGGAAUGGAGAACGUUUGGACGUGAGUAGCGGUGCCCGAUUUCGGCCGCCAGUCAUAAUGAGUUCCGGUUCAUCGUUACUGAUAAGAUUCUAUGCGAAUGGUGGUACAGGUCUUGGUUACAAAGCCUUUUAUUCCUUCGUCAUCGGUCACACAUAUGAUAAAUCUGUACAACCGAUCACCGACUGUGGUGGAUAUGUGGAAAACCUAGGCGGUACCAUCACGAUGAUGAACAUGGUCGGUCGAGGAGUAAAGAUUUAUGAUUGCGUUUGGCUAAUCAGACCACCCAAGAACUUCUUGCAUAUGAAGACGCAUAUGUAUCUGAAGGUAGUGAGUUUCGCUGGCAUGGCCGGCAAUACGGAAUUAAUCAUCAAGGAGGGUCCAACUUCGGCCCUGAUGUCAUUGGAAGUUAUUCGACAUCCAACGAAUCAACAAUCGCUAAUACACAGGGAACACAUCGCGCCGAUCAUCAACGGAUUCCAUGUAAGUCUUCGUGGUACAUUCAGUCCAAGCUCUCACUUGGCGAUUGCAUAUGCAGCCUUCAGUUAUAUGGAUUGUUUUGCGGGCACCGAUUUUCUGUGUCAGAAUCACAGGUGUAUUUCAAGCAAGCUGAAUUGUGACGGUUUUGAUCAUUGCGGUGACAACAGCGAUGAACCAGCGACGUGUUUUCAAAAUUGGGAGAUGGAAACACGUAAGUGGCAUAUGAACAAAGCGAAUUAUUAUUUUCCGAAGAUCGAUCGAUAUCCUGAUUUGAAAACGGCCACCUUGAUUUUCGUUGCCAGUAGCCUUGGCUUAAUCGUUCUAAUAUCGGUUCUCAUUAUACUGCUAUAUAGAAUUGGAGCCAGAGCUAGACAACAAAGAGAACUGCAGUCUCGUUUGGAAACAAUCAGCGAACUUUUAGUUUUUGAUAUUACAGACGGUGCACAAAUCGAUGAAAUAUCUAUUCCGGAUGAUCCUCCUGGUUAUGAGGCUCCGCCAGAUUAUGAAGAAGUCGCAAAGCUUGCUUUGUCAAAGAAGACUCAAUGCUUGAAAUGCGAUAGAACUUUCAACAGAAACUUUCCAAAUCAGCACGAGAUUGUAAAUUCUUCUACUUAUUUGGUCAUGGAGGACUCGAGCAACGAUUGUAGCAACCAAACGACUUCAAUAACAUCGGAAAACAACCAACGUGCGCUAUGUAUACCAGAAAGUCCACCGCCUCCGUAUAUCACACCACCAGGAACUAUAUUGAGAAACAUAGCUAAUUUAUCGACGUCGAUGAAACAAAUUUGUCCUGUUCGGCUCCGAUGCAGCGCACAAUAUCCUCAGGCCUCCUCUCGCAAUCGUCCAUCUUCUAAUGGUCCAUCCUUAUUCAUGAACGCCGAGACUCUUGAUACACAUCAGGAUUGUAUUGCUUCAGGUAGCAAUCAAGCGAAUCAACAAUUUCAAAAUCCCUCAAAAGAUCGGAUUGUACGUGAAGUUGUUGAAGAAGAUACUACGAUAGCAUUGCAAGAGAAUAACGAACAUGUUUCAGAAGAGGAUUAUGAAGAGCUCAUUAAUAAUUUGGAUGGAAGGAAUACUAGUUGCUCCUGCGAGGGCGCGUGUAGCUGUGCUAUUAGUUGCUCCAACUUACAAGAUCUUUUAGUUGAUAAUCCAUCAACUUCUAUGAGAAGCGAAAAUUAUCAGAUAUCGGAAUCAGAACGCAAUCAAAUACCAAUCGUGCCUUCUUUCGUGAGGAAAAUCGAGGAACAUCAAGAAGAAGAUCUUUUUGUUUCGAAAAAUGCUGUUGUUAAAGGUUCCAAAUUGACAAAACCAUUUUAUCAUAGCACCAAUUUAACAGUCACUUUGUCGCCUUGUAACACUUUGCAUUGUUCCUCCAAAAAGUUCUCCUAUGAUAACUGUGUUAAUAAGAUUUCAACGAUUAACAAUUGUUGUAACAAGCUGCAAGACAAUUUUGAGAUUGCGUCGGAAACAGCCAGCAGUAUCGGACAUAUUAGUCCUAGAACAAGAGCAAACACGCCGAAUGAUACACCAAAGCGCAUGUCUUGCAUUACUCAAAAUCAUCGAUUAUAUCAUAAUGAUCGUCGACACUCCAGCUGCGAUGUGGACAAUUUGUAUGAAGGCAUUAAGAUCCUCGACUCGUAUUUAGCACGAAGAAGCUCUAACAUCAAACAUGAACACCGACAUUCGAUCACCGUGAUACUAUUCGGCACACCAAAACAUGGAUCCACGAGCAGUCUAAUUGCAUCAUCGGAACAAACAAGAAGAGAAAGAUACAUAUCCGCUCGUACUUGGCGCUCCAACGAAGAUGUCCCAUCAAAUUAA